AUCCUGGAUGAGGUGGAGAAGAGGAGGGCCAUCUCUCCAGCCCUUGUGCAGCCCUUCAUGAGAGGCAUCAUGGAGGCUCCAUUCCCAGCCCCGGGAAGAACCAUCACUGUCAAGAACUUCCUGCCUGGCUCAGGCACUGAGGUGAUAGAGCUGUGUCGUCCGUCUGACUCUCGUCUGGAGCAUGUAGAUUUUGAGUGUCUGUUCUCCUCUCUGUCGCUGCGUCUGCUCCUCAGAGUCUUUGCCUCUCUGCUUCUGGAGCGCAGGGUCCUCUUCACCGCUGACAAACUCAGUACUCUGUCUCAGUGCUGCCAUGCGGUGGUUGCUCUACUUUACCCUUUCACCUGGCAACACACCUAUAUCCCCGUGCUACCCCCUGCCAUGCUGGACAUAGUGUGUACCCCCACACCCUUCAUUGUGGGUCUGCUAUCCAGCUCCCUGCCCAGUCUCAAAGAGCUGCCCAUAGAGGAGGUCCUGGUGGUCGACCUCGGCAACAGCCGCUUCCUCAGACAGCUGGAUGACGAGGACUCCAUUCUGCCUCAUAAGCUGCAGGCUGCUCUGGAACAUGUUCUGGACAAGAGGAAGGAACUGGCCAGUGAGAUGCCCACCGACUCAAGCUCCCUCAGUACCGUGGUGUCGGAGGCCUUUGUAUGUUUCUUCGUAGAAAUGGUGGGCCACUACCCUCUCUUCAUGGGCGGGGGGGAUCGAGAGGAUGAGUCUGGAGCCCCCUCCUCCCCCACGCCGUCCUACUUUCAGCGUGAGGCCUUUCGCAAGGCUGUCACCUCAAAGAGUCUGAAAAGGUUCCUGGAGGUCUUCAUGGAGACCCAGAUGUUCGCUGGGUUCGUUGCAGAGAGAGAGCAGCGCAGGCAGGGUCUAAGAGGUCUGUUUGAGGUGAGGUCACAAGACUACCUGGACUCUCUCCCAGGGAGCGAGCAACGUGGGGUCAACAAAUUCCUCAAGGGUCUUGGAAAUAAGAUGAAAUUCUUGUCCAAGAAAUGAUGACUCGGGAAGGAACUCCAUGAGAGAGAGAGCAUGUUCAAGAGAGGUAGCGGAACAAAUCACUUCGCCUAAAGAAGUCUAAGGACCUGAACUCCCUGUGGAAUGCAUGGAGUAGGAGAUUCUGUGUGUCCACAAGCUUAUGGACACAUACUGGGCAAGGACUGAACACUCCCUGGUUUAGGAAUCGGACCAAAAAACGUGAAUAUUCUCCUAGCCUGAAGACACAGACCCAUUAAGGAACAUCGUUCUCCAUUGAGGUUACUGAGUGUCAUUCCGUUGCCUCUAUUGUGGAGAGCUUACUUUUGUGAAGCGGUCAGUCUUUAUAGUGUACAUUGAUGUACUGUAUAGCACAGCCCAUUUCCCUUCCUAGAGUUGGUAUAUAGAGGGUCCUCCCUCUAUGUCACUCAGGAAUGACUGACUCCACCCUCGAUCCCGAAAGGCACCAAUGAGAACCUGAGGAUAAUGCUGGGUGGCUUAAGAAUAAUUCAAUUUUGUAGAGUAGCUUUUAAACAUUCCACAUAUUUCUUGUGUCUUUAAAAAAAAUAGUACAACUUCUUUGUUAACAGGAGGCUUAUACGUUAAUUUAUACUGUAUAGUUUCUAGAAUAACUUUCUCUUCCUUUUUUUCUCCUUCAAAUGAAAGCAAAAAAAAUCUCCUGUAGUUUGUGAUGGACUUUAUGUAGUCUGAUCAAACGAUUGAUUGUAGAGCACUCUAGGUUACUAUUGAGGAAAUGUACCACUGUGAUAGGAGAGUGAACUAUGGAAUGGACUGGGUGUACGCCAAAAAGAGGAAAAAGAGAGGGGAAUGAUCAGAAAAUCAUUCCUGGAUAUAGUAUAGUAUGCCAUUUAGCAGACGCUUUUAUCCAAAGCGACUUACAUGGAUGAAGGCAAAAAUGAAUCAAGUGGGUGAAGUGUGAAAUCAGAUCUCAUGAAAAGAGCCAUGUUUAAGAUGGACUUGAUGUUGUAGAAAAAUAUGUUCAGUAUGUACGACCAAUCAAUAUAUGUCAAUCUAAAACACCACUAGUUUCACUAUAAACCUGUAUUAUUUUUUAUUAAGAAAUACCCUAAGUUUAUUUGAUUGUGUUUGAUCUUGCAGAGGAUGUUAUAGACAAACAGCUAUCACAAUGUUAUAAACUGCUUAUUCAAAUAUAGUUUUUUUUAUAGGUCA